UUCUAUCCAACCGCGAAGUGGUGAGUUUACCGCUUUCCGGAAAACUCGCUAGCGCCACGUGAAGUUGCGGCGGCUGCCGAGAAAACUCGGAACAUUUUUCUUGCUGCAAUUUAAGUUCUCAGAAAGUUGUUUUGUCACAAGAACCUUAACGAGAUUUCCGCGGCAAAUAGUUGGUUCGUUGCGGAAAUUUCUACACGGGAAAAAGGAGUCAGUCGUUCUAAUAUAAUGUGAACAAACAGAAAGUGUAUUAUUGCAAAAAUAAACGUUUUCAAAGAACUUCUCUAAAAUGUCUGCCACCGAUUCAAAAGAACCAGCAUUUCAAAAGAAAAACUUCACAAAACUCCCUGUGCAUCAGAUAAACCCCAGUUACACAGUGCGUGUGAUGUGCUGCGUGUUUUUCAUCUUUUUAACCGAGAUUUUUCUUGCCCACUACGUAUAUCGGUUGAUAAACUCAGAAAUCCGCGAGGACUAUGUCGCGAAACACUCAUUUCACCAUCAUUUUCUGCUUGAACUACGCAGUGAAGAGUUCCGCAACGAAGUUAGGAGAAUUUUUAAGGAAUUUAGUGUGACGAAUUCUAGCCAUAGUUUGAGGAGAGAGAAAAGGAGCGUAAAACAUAGGUUGGAUUAUAAUUACUUGGGAGUGCAAGCCGAGGAGCCGCAGGUGGAGUUCUUUAAUCCGAAAACAAGGGUGCCUGGAGACGAGAAGGAUGAUGAAAACUUAAGAAAGCUCGGAAAGAAGGAAUUGACACCCAGUGGGGAUUCUUGGAUAUGGGUUACAAGCUCAAGCAGAAUACCGGUGAGUCGUCCUCAAUUAUUUAUAUUUCCGAUAUAA